AUGGAGCCUAUAGACACCUUUAAAAUUGUCAUUGUUGGCGGCGGCAUCGCCGGUCUCACUUUAGCUAACAUGCUGGAAAAGUUUGAUCUCGACUACGUUCUGCUUGAAUCACAUGGGACAAUUGCCCCAGUCGUCGGCGCAAGCAUCGGCUUGUUUCCAAAUGGCCUGCGAAUACUGGACCAGAUCGACUGUUACCAGGCGAUUGAGCAGAUUUUCGAGGGCGGAAUACCCUAUAACAGCCAAAACACCCGCGAUGAAAAUGGGAAUUUUAUCUCCUCAAUAGAAGGGUUUUACACCAAGCUAAAGAAAAGGCAUGGAUAUGGCCUGUUCUUUUUCGACCGCCAGAAGUUGUUGGAAAUCCUGUACGAUAACCUCCGAUACAAACAAAACGUCCUCCUCAACAAGCGUGUAGCUCGGGUCAAUCUCGUCGACGGCGGAGUCAACGUCAUCUGCGCCGACAACUCCGUUUUUUCUGGCACUAUCGUCGUCGGUGCUGAUGGUAUACAUAGCUCCGUUCGGGCCGCCAUGACUGAGCUAGCCAACCAGAUCGAGCCAGGCUAUUUCGACCCCAACGAACUCGAGUCUAUCCCAUGCCGCUACAAGUGUAGUUUCGGCAUCGCUCAGCACGUCCCGGGAUGGGUUCGAGGCGAACUGUACCAUAUUACAGGGAAAGGACGAUCGCAGCUUGUCAUCUCCGGACCCGACGACAAGGUUUACUGGUUUAUGUUUGAGCAGCUUCCCGAGAUACAAUACGGCAAGGGCAUUCCAAAGUUUUCGAAGGAAGAUGAGGCGGAGUUUGUCAAGUGUAACUCGGAUGUUGCAAUUACCCCUCGCAUUACAUUCAGGCAGGUAUACGCCAAACGUCUCUCAUCAGCUUUGACGCCCCUCCAUGAAGUGGCCUUUAAGAAGUGGUUCUUCAAUAGAAUCAUUACCCUCGGUGACUCAGCGCACAAGCCUCAUCCCAUCGGCGGUCAAGGCGGAAACGGCGCUAUAGAGUCCUGUGCAGAGCUCGUUAAUGCUAUAUCAAGAACCAAGGCCAGGCGGGGAGGCAACUUAGGCGGCCUAACCGACAAAGACGUCGAGACUCUCUUCACUGAGACACAAUCGGCGAGACGCGCGCGCGCCGACCUGAUCAUCAAGGAAGGCCACGACACUCAGGCGCUCUUUGCCUACGAGAACCUGGCAGUUUCUUCGGUAGUCUUCAAAGUUUUGCAACCGCUCUUUGGGGGGGAGGCUAUACUGGACGUGCUGAGCUCGGUCAUUGUGGGCUCUUCGAAGAUAGAGAGGCUUCCAGUUCCCCAUCGACCCCGUGUCAUCCCAUUCCACGACGAGCUCCCAGAGAAGCCUAUCAAUACAGAAACUCAUAACCGUGUGCGACUUGCAUUCCUAGGAGCCAUGGGGCUUAUCAUCUUUAUGGGUCUGAAGCCGCUUGCAUUGCCCAUCCCCGCCCUGGAACUAUGGAGUAGUUCACAGGUUAAGCUGAAAUGGUUCGGCGACUGCCCCAUCAACCAAUCUUUCAACCUAUUAGUGGGUGUUUUGGCAGUUCCGAUAGAUAGCGGAGGCUCAUCGGCAAAUUUCCACCUAUGGAACUUCAUAUUCCAGCUAAUAUCACCGUUGUUGAUAUAUGCCAUUGAAGGAUAUCGCGCCGGCCAUCGAGCAACACCCCUCGCCGUGCCCAUCAUGUAUUCUAUAGCCAUGCAAGUUCAAGGAAUCGGCCGGAUCGGGCCUAUCUACGCGGCUCUGUCUGCCUUUUUCUCGCACGACACACCCCUUGGUCAAGCUCUGCCGCUCCAGGUUGUCGAAUGCCUGAUACCGGCAAUAACGAUAGGGUUCGUCAUUCCAACAGUCAUGGCACUUGUGCCGAACCCUAACACGAUGGCCUGGCACGGAUGGAAUGGAAUUUGGCAGUUUGCGCCGCCCCUGUUCAAUGCGCUACUGGCACUCACCUCUUCAGCCCUGAGGAAGUGGAGGGUCCAUCGCCAGCCACCAUUCCGGACAGAUCUAGAACAAGAGCGGGAUGCUAGACUUGGCGAACGCGACUUUGUUCCAUUACUCAAGACAGUCUACAUCUACGCCUUUGCAGUGCAAGCAACCGCACACAUUACCUCGGUCACAUACGCAUGGCACCACCCUAGCAUCAACCUUGCUGAGACUUUCUUCGCACUGCCAAACCCCCUCAAUCGUGACUGGAAUCUGCCAAGUGUGGGGGAAACGAUGGCCGCCGUCUUAAGAUAUGAUAUGUUCCUCGCCGUCACAGCAUUUUUCGGCAGUAAUAUUUACUCAAUAUGGAAUCUGCGUCGCCUAGGCUAUAUCAAGACGCGCGAAGCCCUCAAUGCUGCCCUAGCGGUUUUAGUGGGCCAGGUUUUUGUUGGAUCUGGUGCUACAUGGGCCGGGCUGUGGUAUUGGCGGGAGGACAAGAUUACUGCGCCUCGUCAGACUUUCUGA